AUGUUCUGUUCUUUGUCUGGGAAACCAACUACGAACCCGGUCAUCUCUCCCAAAAGCAAAAGAAUUUUCGACAGAGAUACACUUUUGGGGUACCUGAAAAGUAACAACAACACAGACCCAAUAACGGAAGAGAGUCUCACCGAAGAAGAGCUUAUAAUUGUGGAUACUGACCCUAUUCCCCUUGUGAAACAUACCACAGCCACAUCGAUCCCCUCUUUGUUGUCGAGCCUCCAAAACGAGUGGGAUGCCCUUGCUCUGGAAGUUUUUCAGCUCAGAAAACAAUUGGUGACUGCAAAGGAAGAACUAAGCGUAGCCUUAUACCAUCACGAUGCUGCUGUCAGAGUUGCAGCAAAGGCCAUACGAGAAAGAGACGAGGCUAGAAAGGGAUUGCAAGAACUAGCAGGUAAUAUUAGUAAUGGCGAUGCUGUGAUGCCAGAUGCUGAAAAACUGGAAGAAUCCGCUCCAGAGGAAGAGACGUUUGAAUCACGUAUAGUGUCUGCGCAGAAAGAGCUUUUACAGAAGCACAAGUCGGAGAAGGUGAAGAGCAAGUUCGAUUUGAAUGCUGAUAUUGAGAUCAAGGAACCAGAAAUUAUAUGGACAAAUGAGAUUAAAGACAGCGAUAUUAUAGACUUUGAAAGAAAUGAAACUAUUAACAGGACUCUGAUUACACUUAGCAAUUAUGUCGUAUUAUUGGUUCAGAAUGACGAUGGAAAACAGAUACACCAGUUUGAUCAAAUUAAUGAACCAAUCGUUACAACUGGAUGGAUCAAGAAUGUAGCAUACGUUGUAUCUGAGUCCAGAAUACUAUUUGAAAACGACAAUUCAGCUGAAUUGAAAGAAAUUCAAACAGCCAAACCGCAUCCUUCGCUUCCUUUAUUAAUUAUUCAAACUCUGGAAGAAUUGAGGGUAUACGAUGUGGACAAGCAAAAGUUUGUAUACACAAUUCCAAUCAGUUUCAAGCAGCUGGACAUUCAUGUGGAUGGUGAUCUGUUGGCAGGUACUAAUGGUCAUGUCAUUGAAAUAUACAACUUGUCAAAAGGUGAAAAGGUUCUAACACUUGAUUUAGUACCCCAAGACAGCAAUAUCUCGCAGCUGCAAUUUGGACCCAAUGGCUACUGGCUACUCGCUUCAUAUGGACAACAUAUUGCAGUUGUAGACCUGCGAAAGGGUACAAUUGCCAACACAAUAGAAGUAGACGGUGAUGUUCCAAUUGCUGACUUUACUGUUGACCCUACAAGUACACUAAUAUCCGUUGCGAGUGCCAGCUCAAUAAUUCUCUUCAAGUACAGCAAGAAGGCACGGAGCUGGACAAGAACCAAUGAAUGCUCGGUCUCCUCAAUUUUGAAAGCAAAAUUCACGUCUGGAUCCAAAAUAUUUGUGGCCAACGACAAAUCUAUUCUUCAAGUGAGUUUAGCUCAGUAG